UUCAUUUAGUCACUUUCGAUUCGCCGUUGAGUUGAGACUACGCUUGGUUGACGAAUAAGUAAACAAGUAAAAUUGUGAGUGAUCUCAACUGUUGGAGUUUAUUGUGUGACUCUUAGUGCAUUCAAAAUGGGGUGUGGAACGAGUUUCGUGAAAUAUGUGCUCUUCUUCUUCAAUCUGGUUGUGGCGUUGUUCGGGCUGGCCAUCAUCGGCAUCGGUGUAGCGGUGCUGAUGAACUGGACGGUGAUGAAAGAUGAGCUGCAGAGUCAUCUGACGGUCGCUCCAUGGCUCUUCAUCGUCAUCGGCGCCGUGAUGUUCAUCAUCGCUUUCUUCGGAUGCUGCGGCGCAAUCCGCGAGAGCCACUGCAUGGUUGUCACUUACUCUAUCUUCCUUCUGGUGAUCAUCAUAGUUCAAGUUGUGUUGGCCGUGCUAAUGUUCACAUACGCCGAUACGAUGAAUGAGGCCCUCGUGAAAAGCGUCAACGGAGUAUUCGACAAGCGCUCUUCUGAUCCCGCCGCUAACGCAGUAUUCAAUAAUAUCCAACAACAGUUGGAAUGCUGCGGUAAGCACAGCCCGGCCGACUACGGCGUGAUCGCAGGCGUGUCUGACUUGCCCGACUCGUGCUGCACGCGCGCUAAUGGCGUAGUGGGCAAGUUGCUCAGCCGCUGCACAAUCGCUGAUGCCAACGCCGUCGGAUGCAGCCAACGCACCGCCGACCUCUACAACAAGUGGAACAAAACUAUUGCCGGUGUCGCUAUCGGCGUCGCUUGUAUUGAGGUUGUCGGUGCGCUGUUCGCGCUGUGCCUCGCCAACUCCAUAAGAAACAUGGAUAGAAGGUACGCUUAAAUAAUUAUUCGAGUGACAAGAACAACGAGAGGACAUCGUGGACUGCACAUGGAUAAAUAUGUACAA